CGCAGUCGCUACUUGUCUAUCCCGGCGUUAACAGUUCUCUGGUCAGUGUGCGGAGCUGUCCCGUCUCCGACGCUGUCUCUCCAUUCAACCGUUCAGGUCUCCGCGGGACACAGUGAUUUACAGUGAAAUAUCUUUACUUUUGAUUUCAUCUCUAUUCCAAGGCAUGUAAACUGUUGAUAAAAUGAAGAAAAGAAAAUUACACCAAGAUGAGGUUGCAUCUUCAGCAUAGAACUCUUGAUCCGUUCAAGAGUUUAGUUUUGCUAGUGAACAAGUUGAAGUAAGGUUGAAGCAAUGAUCUCUCUGUAUCUUGACCCAAAACAGUUCUAUCUCAUAUCAAAACUCAAGAAGAGGAAGCAAUGCAAACUACAGUGCUUUCUCUGAGUAAGGUGAAGAGAUCUCCUUCUCUCCACUCGGAGCAGUCAAGCCUAUCCGACUCCAAGCACGUCAGUUUCAAUCAGGACGUCAGCGUCAAGCGGAUUCCCAAGAAACCGAUCAAGGCAACUCGCUCCGUCCCUCUCAACCCGGCCGACGAGUUCUCUGGGAGGUGUGAGAGCUUUACAAAUAUCCCUCCGCCCUCUGACCAGAAUCAGAUUGCUGAAGAGGCGGAGGAUAUUCUGAAGCAGCUCCAGGAGAUCGAAUGCUCUGUAUCAGCUAAUCCUCGGGAACUGAAGCGUGUAGUUUCUCCUACCCGGAUACUAACCCCAUCCCGUGUUCUCUCUCCAACCCCCUUUGGACGAAUAUUUAACUCCAACCCUCAUUUAAACCAGAGAGCAUCUCCCAGCCCCUUUGGAUCCCGUCAGAGUACUUUGGAACGUCGACCCUUUCUUGGAGGACGUUUAAGCAAAAGUUCUAGUGACCUAAUCCAACCCAACCCUGCUAUGAGAGUAGAAGGGUUUAGUGAACAGGAGGACUGUCCUAGUCCUGCAGAUCACAGGCUUUAUGGACUUCAAGCCCUGAGUAAAUUAGACAAUGCUCUCAAUGGGAAAGUGAACAAUUUAUACAGGGACAGAUCAGUGCCCGCUGAAUACUCCCCCUCCCCUAAAAUGAACAAUUUUACUCCACCUAAACCUCCAAGAAAAGCUCCCAGUUCGUCUCCUCCUAAUAUAAGAAAAGGAUACAACUCUUUAGAUGAAUUAGAAUUUGUAGAUAGACGCAGUAGCAUGUAUGAAUCAGAUAUUCCUAAAUAUAACAUGGAUCUAUAUCCAAACUCUUAUACCGGAACUAACCCAAACCUGAACCAUCUCCGAGGUUCUCCUGCCCGAUUUUCUCCGACCUCUAGACAAUCUCCGUCCCGGAGUAAUCAUGACAAGGAAAUUUUAAGUUCCCCCAGCCAGGUUCUCUAUGCAACCAUCUCUGCGGAUAAGAACAAAAACUCUAACCUGAAAAACCAGCACACUGUUCAUUCCUCAAGUCAAACCGUCCAAUCAGGGUUCCGUCCUGUAUCAUCUGAUAGGAUGAUACACUCUAGAACUCUUUCUAAAGAAAAUAUCCUGGAUGAGCCCCCCUACAGGUUCGGUAAUAAUACCACAGCUCCACCCACCCAUGCGAGUAGAUCUCUUGAACGGUUCGUGGAUUCAGAUAAAGAGAACAGGAGGCAGGAACUAAAGGCAAGGAUUCAUGUCACUUCUCCGCAUAGAUUUUCUCCAGAUAGGACAGUCAGUCGUAAGCCGUAUAAAACCACGAUCAACACUGCAAAUGAUACAAUCCAAUACCGAGGUUUUUCUACAGAAAAUCUCAAGGAAGCAGAUAGGCAACAACGAAACCAGUUUAAACACUCGGGAAAAAGAAUGGAUACGGAACACUAUAAAGUCCCUAAAAACCCUGCCCCUGUUCCACAAGAACUCCUAGCAAGAAGAACUAGACGCAAUGAGUCAGAUGCGUACAAUCAUCAGAACACUGAGCGUCAGUUUGCGUCAACAUCCCUAGUAAGAAAUGCAGAGAAGAAAAAAGGGCUUGGAGAGUAUGAUAGAGAGGGUAGACAGAUACACACAGAUAGAUCUGGAGAGAGAACCAGAGCUUACUCAGGGUACAGUACUAGUCCGGAGAGAGAAAUCAGUCCUGAUAGAUUUAUCAAGCACAAGUCAGGAUCUAAGCAACAUGUUACUAAUCAUAGAUCCCCCAGCUCCUCUCCAACACGUCCUCCUAGAACCAGGGGAACACAAGGAGAACAUCAGGUUCCAAUUAGAAGAGAACAUAGUGGUAGAAAGGUGGAGAGAACACCUAGUACUAGAGCAGCUGCAACUAGUCGGAGUCCUAUUAAGAAGAUUCAACGGGUCCAUAAUGAAAUCCAAGCAGAGCAACCUAGAGGUAUCUCCAGGUUAUCUAAAGAGCAGAGUUCCAGAACCCUUCCUGGUUCGAGAACUUUAACACUAUCUAGGGAGAGGCAUGAUGGUGGAGCAAGGUUGACUAAAACUCUGCUCAAAACUCCAAGAGUAGAGAAGACUCCAGAGGCCGAGGACAGGUUCUCUAAGUUUACAGAGUACAGAGGGGACGGAGCUGAGAGCUCCUCAAGGGUUGGACGUAGAUCUAGCCAUAGUGUUGGAGACAGGAUGCAGAUUGAACCUAGAUCACGAGAUCAGGAUAGAGAAAUAAUGGAACGAGAGCGAGGGCAAAGUGUUCCUCCCGGCGCCAAUAUCGACUCUAUGCGUGAUUUUUAUAAAACAUCUCAGUUUAGAUCCAUGUAUCAUCUUCCUCCUAACCCUUCCCGUCCCGCCCCUGUCCUUGAUAGGAGCAACAAGGCGGUAGAGAGACCCUUGAGAAGAGAGAGAACUGGAGAUGCUCUAAUCCCGCCUCCUCGACGCCCCACCAGAACCUCGCUAUCUGAGGGGGAGCUGACCGAUGACGCGGCCCGCCAGGAGCGGGUUCUCAGGCAGAGGAACAAGUUCAUCAAUAACUUCGCCAGUAAGAACGGAGAAACAUUAAGACGAUCUGAUAGUCCGGAGAAGGUUCAAGAACACCGGACUGUGUAUAGAGGAGGAGAAGGACGGAGACAAGGUAGUAGAGAGAAGCGUCCUGCUCCUCAACCUCCUACACAGAGGAUAAGAAGAUCUAGUGUAGAGGUUCUAGAAACUUCUGAGAGUGAGAGUCCUAGAAUAGAAAAGCAUGUCUGGAGUUAUUCCCUGGCUGAGACGGAUUCGGAUCCUGUAACCGUCCGUCAUGUGGUUCUCCGUCCUAACUCCGUUGUUCUCCGUCCUAACUCAGGGUUAGAUGAUCCCAGGCCCAGGCUUAGUCUUUACGAACCUGGGCCUUACUCCUAUAAGGCCAAGUCUGAUGUGGGCGGUAGAUGGUUGAACGGACAGAGCGAUGUGGAGACGGAUUACCGCCGUGAGAUGGCCGCCUCGGAGGCAGAUUACCGCCGGGAUAUCGUCGGCUCUGUUCACAGUGAGGCCCGGGGUCGAGAUGGUGGGCGGAGAGAAACGAACCCGCCCCCUAGUAUUUACCAGCAGGCGGCUACACUGAGCAGUAGAGAAAUAGAAAUAUCUCAGGAUGAUGAUGAAGAGGAGGUGGUGAGGAGUCCAACUAGUCUAGCAAGAGAGGAGGAGAGGAGGAAGAUCCUGCAGCUGGAGGAGCAGAGGAGAAGAAAGGAAACCAGUAUCUCCAGAUCAGGGAGCAGAGUCACUAAGUUUAUAGGACUGAAACCUAAAGUAAAGGUAACUGACACUGAGAAUGAAAGCCAGUAUUCCGGUCAUUCUAGUUCCAGUAUGAGAAAGGAACCAAUCCUCAAGUCUCGUCUCAACAACGGUGCACGUGUCAAGCGUACUGGAAGCACAGCGACCUCUGUAAGUCGCGCUGCUUCUAAUUCCCGCCGCAAGAUGCCGGGUAGCGUAACGAGCAGUAUAAACAGCAGUGAGAGCGAGCUUGGUAGCGGGCAGCAGUCAGCAGCUAGCAGAGGAACUAAUGCAUCAGCAGGUAGCAACAAGUCAGUAUAUCUCCAUGCUACUGCAGUAGCAGAUAUACCUACCUCUAGUAGCAAACAGGCUCCAGAGGUUCAGUCCAAUCUCAAGAACUCUAAGAAGAUUUCCCGAUCUAUCUCUCUCCUCACACCCUUCAAGCAGAAGCAGGUUAAGGAGAAGGAGAUGAACUAUGAUAGCUCCGGAAACCAGGUUUCGCACUCCGGGAAACCUCCACGCCCACCUCCGGCUCGGAGGGUUCAUCCGGUUCUUAGCAAGGAUAAGAAAUUUGCCUCUUCCUCCGAUCUCCUCCGAGAUGAACCGGAGAUAAUCGUUUCUCCGGUGGAGGAGCAAAAAUCGCUCAAGGUGUCACGCUCCGUUUCCAUGCCCAAGGACACUAGACUUGCAGGAUGGUUUAAAAAGCGGAAAAGAGUGUGAACAGGACAAGGAUACAACAGUCACCAUUUUCCUAAUUCCUAGAUCUGCAUCUCUCAAGCUCAUUCAAUACAAUAUUCGAUACUUGUCAUCAACAAGGAUGAACCUGUAUCCGCUACAACAAGGUUGAACCUGUAUCCGCUACAACAAGGUUGAACCUGUAUCCGCUACAACAACAUGUAUAAAGUAUUUCAUUAAAUUGUUAUUUCCUUAGAGGAUGCAAAAAAUGCGCAAAUUUUUGUGGAUUCAGAAAAAUGCGGGAAAUGCUUGACAAUUUCCCGGAUUUGUGUUUUGUGACAAUAUAAAUAAUCAUUCUGGUCUCACUGCAAUACAUGAUGAAAUGAAGAGAUUUAACUGAAUUGCGAGAAUUUUCCCUGAGAAGUGAGCAUUACAGAAUUCCAUACUAAAUUCGAAUAUUAAUAUACUUUUUCUUAAUAUUAAUAUAUAACAUAAUUGUGAUCGAUACAAUCAAAUAAAUGAAUAAUAUAUUUUAAUGAAUA